AUGCGCCGCCCUUUCCUCCUCAUCGCCGCCUUGAUCCUCCUUUCCACCACCACCACCACCUCCGCCUUCAACAUAACCAUCACCCUCGCGCGGUUCCCCGGGUUUGAGCAAUUCAACCAGCUGCUCACCAACACCCAUCUCGCCGAGCAAGUGAACAGCCGCCGCACCAUCACAGUCCUCGGCCUCCCCAACGACCGCAUCGGAACCCUAAUGCAGCUCCCCGUGGAGGUCCAGAGGAGCAUCCUCAGCCUCCACGUCAUCCUCGACUACUUCGACAUGGCCAAGCUCGCCAAGCUCACCCCGGGCUACAAGACCACCCUCACCACCCUCUACCAGUCCUCCGGCGUCGCCAACGGCCAGCAGGGCUUCAUCGACAUCGUCCGCCGCCGCGACGGCACCAUCGUCUUCGGCUCCUCCGUCCCCGGCUCUCCCCUCGUCUGCAACUUCGUCAACCCCGUCGCCGCCCAGCCCUUCAACAUCUCCAUCCUCAGCGUCUCCCAGCCCAUCAUCGCCCCGGGGAUGGACGGCACCUACGUCGAAACGCCGCCGGCGACACCUCCUCCACCGCCGGCGGUGGCGGCGGCGGCACCGGCACCGGCGGCGAGGAAGAAGGCGCCUCCUCCGGUGGAGGAGACGGAGGCUCCGGCGCCGGCAGCGGCGCCGGCGCCGGCGUCUAAGAAAUCGCCGGCGCCGAGCCCGGAUGCGGAUGCGGCAGCGGAUGAAGAGGAAGAUGCGGAUGCGGAUGCGGCGGCGGAUCUGACGUCAGAGAAGGAGACGAGCGGGGGAGUGGAUUUGGGGGUGAAAUUAGGGGUGGUGAUUGGGUUGGCGGCGUUGGUUGCGGUGGCGGGGCAGUGA